ACACAGAUCGAAGAGGCUUUUACUUUUCAGAACUGAUUUUUAAUCCAGGCAAAAUGUGUCCGUAGGUUGGUGUGUGUUUGUAAAUAUCUUUAACCAUACCUAUUCAUAAUCGUAUUUUACCUUUAAAUUAUUCCCAUCCAUUUAUACUUUUACCAAAAUAGGAUAAGCACAGCGUUCUUUACAGCAUAUUCCAGCCAAGUCUUAUCUGCAGCCACCUUUUUAAACGCCGUUAAUAACAAACACACUGAUUCGAAAUUUUGCCGUGCCUUGUUAUCCAUUCGAGUUUUUAAUCGACAUCCGUUUUAUCCGUUGUUUUCAUCGUUAUCCAAAGUUAUUUCUCCAUCGUUAUUGCGGUGUGGAGAUAUCUCUUCGUCAGGGACGCACAAAACCCGUAUCUCUUCUCUCUCUCACGAGCAGUGCCCCAUCCUGAUCUGCGCGCACUGUGUCGCGAAACCAGCACACCAAAGACGAUCCAUUGCCCAUUCAGCUUUUACAUCCGUGUUCAGUUUAUAAUUCAACAUAUCCCGUGUUGUGUCAGCGUUUAAUCUAUCUCCAUCAUACGUUAAUCAGGUUUCGGUUCAGUUCCUGGAGGAUCUGCGACGGAGUGAUCCUGCUGUGUGAUCUCCGUUGAUUUUUAUCAGCUCCUGACAACCACGAUCUUCCAUUUGUUGUUGUUGUGGACGCGGGUUAUUCCGUUUAAUAGGAAUCAUCUAUUUUCAACUUUUAUAUCUCAGCUUGCCGUUUGUCGGACAGCCAAGGUCAAAUGGAAUAUCAAGCCAUAUGUGAUCCCGAGAGUUUUGGAAUGGAUCAGAAUAGUUCCGCUGGAAAUUCCCCACUAGCGGACGGAGAGAAGACCGACCUGGGCAGCCGCAGCGAUCUGACGGACGAAGAGACCAACGGAAAGAAGCCCCAAGCCAAUUCCAACCCGAACGCCGGCGGCCGCAGCCAGGGACAACAGACCACCCCGCGGAAGGCCGGCCCCCAGGCCCAAGGCCAGUGGCGCCCCAUGCAGCCCACCGGCUCCCCGCAGGGCACGGCGGGCGGCGGGAUCUCCCCCGGCCAGCCACCGCAACACCGUUUCGCCGGCAAACCCCGUCUACAAAUGGCCGGCGGACCCGGGCAGAACGUCGGCCAACAGGGACAGCAGGGCGUCGGACAGGGCCAGGGCGCCUGGCCCGGUGGGACCUUCUAUCCGCGGGCCACCCGCUUCCCGCAGCCCACCACCAUCAAUCUGAAUAACGGCCAGGGGAUUCCGCAGGGCGCCAUGGGUGUCGGAGGGUAUGCGCAGCAGGGGAAUCAGAUGACGCUGGGGAAUCCGCAGGGCGCGUAUGGAGGACCGCGGCCGAUGGGGAUGAUGCCCGGAGGAAUGGGCGGCGGGAUGGGGAUGCAGCAGGGGCUGGAGCAGUUGAGUAAGACGAAUCUGUACAUCCGCGGACUGCCGCCACAGACGUCGGACCGGGAUCUGCUGGGCAUGUGUGGAGUCUUUGGCAACAUCAACUCGACAAAGGCCAUCGUCGACAAGCAGACCAACCAGUGCAAGGGCUACGGCUUCGUGGACUUUGAGAACCCGCAGGCGGCGGAUCGGGCGUAAGAAUUGAGCGCCCGCGGGAUGCUGGUGCAGAUGGCGAAGGUGCGCAAUCCCCAGGAACAGAUGCAGCAGUUGCAGGAUGCCGACCCCACCAACCUGUACCUGGCCAAUCUGUCGCCCUACAUGACGGAGACCGAUCUGGAGGCCAUGCUGCAGCCCUAUGGGCGGGUGGUGUCCACGCGGGUCCUGCGCGAUAACAGCCACAAGAGCCGCGGUGUGGGGUUCGCGCGCAUGGAGACGAAGGAUAUUUGCGAUAAGGUUAUUGAACAUCUCAACGGGAAACUCAUUGCCGGAAGUAGUGAGCCGCUGGUGGUCAAAUUCGCGGACAGCGGCAAUCGUCGGCGCAUGCAGAAUCGUGAUCGACAGGGAUGGAAUCGCAUGGAACAGCACAUGGGCAUCGGUGGUUAUGAGCAUAUGGGCGUCGGUCAGAACGGGUUGGCGGGAUCGAUGUUGACGGGCAUCCGCUACCAGGUGCCACAAACCGCCGCCUUGGCCGGCUAUCAGCCACAGUGGCAGCCGCAGUACACUAUACUUCCGCAGCAGAUGACCCAGAUGAUGCAGGGCGUGGAGGGACAGAACGCUGGAUAUUCCAUGGCCCAACUGGCGGCUCAGAUGAGUCAGAUGGGAUUGUCCUCGCAUUACAACGCCGGCCCGUACUCGCAGUACGGCUACAACCAGAUCUACCCCGCCGGCAUGCAGAUGGCCGGCCAAGGCGGGCAGGGCGAGGAGGGCGGUCCGGGCGGCGUCCCGAUGGAGGGCGUGGCCCAUUCCAAUGUCAACAGCAUGGUCACGGGCCAGCCGCCCAACAUGGCAGUCUACACUUCCUACAAUCAGCAAAAGUAAGAACACUGGACGGACACGACGAUGGGACGAACGGAAAGAAGUUUUGCCGUGGGAUUUUUGUUGUUUUUUGCUUUUCUCUUUUUCUCUCUCUCCGUGCUUAAUGCGCCCUUGCGCCUGUUUUUGAGCGAAUUUGUUGUUAAACGAUUGAACGAGCUGCGUAUGUUUUCAUCGGCGGAGUAGUACCCGGAACGAGAACGGGAUGUUGUCGCUUGUAAUAUUUUUUGCUGAGCUGCUUUUUCUCUCCCCAUUUUUUGCAUGUAUUUAUCCGAUAUUUUUUUGAUAAUUAUGCCGUGUAUGUGCAGCGUGUCUCUGUGCGCUUUCGUGUCAUUGUGUCUGCAUGUUUUUUAGUUUUAGGAAGAUGAUGUUGCUUUGUUAGGAUGUGUCUUUAACCAAUAAAAUGCAAACUGUUACAGAA